UUCGAAAGGGAUGACUCGGAUGAGGGCUCUGUUCCUGAUAUCACUGAUAAUGAAGUGAAAAAACUGGUCAUUUGUUCGGAUAAGUGUCCCAACAAUGGGGACAAACUCAAGGAGAGUGACGUACCCCUUAAAUGCAGACCAGUGUCCACAUCACUCGAUGAAUUGGCCUCUUUUAUGGGUCCCUUCAAUGACUUGGAGUUCGGUUCCAAUGAAUUCCUAACUUCACUGCCUAUUAGUGAGGAAAUGGAGUUUACAAUCGGCAUCAAAGAAAGUCAAAUGAGUGACAAAUGGACAAACACUGAAACAGAGAUUCAGACGGAAGUGAAGUCAAAACUGGAGCCAAUACUAGAGAGCGAACCCGAAUACCAGGACUUAUAUAAUAUGAUUAAUGAAGUGCUUCGUAAUGGUAUUGUGGAGAACGACUCUCUGGUGAAAGGGUGCUCCUCUUCGGUC